AUGGCCGAUGGAUUAAUGGAUGGGAGGGGGAGAUUCUUCCCGCGAGCCGGCCUUGCGCAAGAUGGCUGGUCAACAACGGAAGAAGCAACAGCAACAUGCUAUUGCGGUACUGUGCAACUUUCUUUUCCUCUAUGUAAACCAGGCUUUGUUGUCGCCUUUGUAUGCCACUGCAGUGACUGCCGCAAGAUCACUGCUUCGAUGUUUACCUCUGGUUUCGUUAUCCUCGACACUCACUUGAAGCAUGUUCGUGGGGAAGAAAAUCUUAGGCAAUUCGGCCAAUCACAAACAAUCGAGCAAAAGGGGAACGUCAUGACCAACUUCUUUUGCAGUACUUGUGGAUCAUUGAUGUACCGGAGAGGUGUAGGUUUCCCAGGGGCGAGUAUACUUAGGAUCGGCACAGUAGAUGAUUUCAAGCUUGGUGAGACGGCGUUGAGGCCAACGAUCGAGCAGUAUGUAAAGCACAGGGUGGAUUGGAUCAAGGAUAUAGAGGAUAUGGUGCAAAUCGAGGGACAAGCUUCGGUGGAGUAA